CACCAUAGCACACCGAUAUAAGCGUUCUCAACUCAAAGUACAACAUGGGCUCUCCCCCGCAAAAAGUUGUCGAUUGCCUCACGCCCAAUCUCGCGAUUGCGCUUGUGUGAGCUCAACCGAGCCGGCACAUAAACUUAUGGGCUCAGGAUUACAGCUAUCGCGUCAUAUCAUGCUCUCGCCGUCUUUAGGUGCCUGGACAUGAGCGGAUAGAUUUCUGCCCGUCCCUUGAGCAGCGGAGCCAUGUCAGUAGUGUGUCCCGAGGUCUGAGAUGUCUGCUUGGGUACCCACGACUAAUCACAAUUGAUCGGCGCUGUCGCGUCCGUGUUACGCGCGUAGCGAUAAAAGUACCAAACCCUAAUGUUCGGACACGCUACUUCAAUGACGAUCAUAUCGAUGAGGGAUAUUACAUUCGUCUCAAGCCGAAUGCUGCAGCAUAACCGUUCAUUUCUACUACGCUGCUCAAGAUGCCGAUUGAGUCGUCAUACCCGCCCAUUGCUAUACCUGCCGUCGAUGUAUGGACGUAUUUCCUCGAGCGACCGGAUCGAGAGUACCCAGAGGACCAUGUGCUCUUUGUAGACGUUGCCACCGGGAGAAAGCUCACAUAUGCUCUGCUUCGGUCCUGCGCGAAGCAAUUUGGAAGCGCCCUUCAGGAGCGAUGGCAAUGGCGCAAAGGCGAUGUGUUGGCUAUCAUGACGCCAAAUGAUAUUGACGUCGCGCCGGCUACCUUUGGAGCGCUACUUGUAGGAGGUGUCGUGUGUCCUCUGAACUUCAUGUACACGGUCGAUGAACUAGUGUCUCAGUUGACGUCUUCGAAAGCCAAGGGACUCCUGACGAAUGUGGCAUGUCUCGAGGUCGCUUGCAAGGCAGCAUCGAAAUUCGGCCUUCCCCUGGAUCGGAUACUUCUAGUUGGAAAUAAUAUGCCUACGAAUCCCGUUCAACACUUCUCUUCUCUGAAGAGCGCGUCAGACAGCAUAAAGCGAGUUGAAAUUGAUCCCAAAGAAGAUCUGGCGUACCUGGUGUACUCUUCUGGAACCACUGGGGAGCCAAAGGGUGUCAUGCUGACCCACGAAAACAUUGUGGCAAACAGUAUUCAGGCUACAACAGCGAAUGGCUACAAGACCAAUUGGAAAACAGACACCGGUAUUGGCUUCCUACCCAUGUAUCACAUCUACGGAAUUGCUGUACUAUUGCUAACACCCAUCUUCUACGGCGUGACCACCCACAUAAUGCAAACAUUUGACCUCAAGAAGUUCUGCGAGACGGUGGACAAAGAGAAAGUCACCAUCGCUUACAUUGUUCCGCCUGUCGCGCUCGCAUUAGCUAAGGCCCCCAUCGUCGACCAGUAUAACCUCAAGUCCCUGCGCGACCUGCAUUCCUCUGCUGCUCCAAUACCCGUCGAGAUCAUCACCGCGAUACACAAGCGCCUCGGCGCUCAGAUACUUCAGGUCUACGGUCUAUCUGAAGCCGCACCCGCCGUGAGCUCGCAACGUAUCGAAAGCUGGAGCACGGCGUUGGGCACCUCUGGACGCUUGUUGCCCAACAUGUCAGCCAAGGUCGUGAGCGACGGGAAUGAAAUGGCGAUAGGUGAAGAAGGUGAGCUGUGUCUGAAAGGACCAAACAUCUUUAAAGGGUACUACAACAAUCACCAAGCCACGGCUGCGGCUUUCGACGCGGAAGGAUGGUAUCACACCGGCGAUGUUGGAAAGUUCGAUGAGCUUGGGAAUCUAUACAUCACCGACCGCGUCAAGGAACUCAUCAAGUACAAUGGCUUCCAGGUUGCGCCUGCGCAACUCGAGGCUCUCUUUAUUGGCCACCCGGCGGUCGCUGAUGUCGCCGUUAUUGGCGUGUACAGUGAGUCGAGGGUGACAGAGUUACCAAGAGCGUAUAUUGUUGUGGCGGCAGGGUACAAGGGCGACGGGAAGCUGGAGGAAGAGCUACAUCACUGGUUCAAUGAGCGAGUGUCGCCGCACAAGAAGUUGAGGGGCGGUAUCCGCUUUGUGGAAGCGGUACCAAAGAGCAAUGCGGGAAAGAUACUACGGAGGGUACUUGUUGAGCAAGCGAAGUCGGAAGAAGGGGAGAGGACGGUGAAGGCUCGCUUGUAGGCCAUGAAAAUAUCAGAUCGCGACGCAAUCUUACACACCACCAUAUGUUUGUGACAAAGUACAUUAAUAGAUA